AGUGGCAAUAUGUGUUGGAAAUGGUAUGUUGUCCCAGUUUUAUGUAAACUACCAGCUUUACCCUCCCACCUUUGAAGAAGUUUUUGCAAUGUCCAAUAAUUGUACUCUGCAGUAACCUUUGGAUAAUAUUGCUGCAAGAAUGGCACAGUAGCAGGUCAUUAUCUCAAAUAACUGCCGUCAACUUUUUUUAUACUGCUUUAUCAUAAGUAUGACAUAAAAAUUAAUGUUGACAUUCAUUUCGUAUUUAAUUUACAGUGUAUACCUUGCAAAGGAUUUAACUAACACCAGCCCCUUAAAAGAGUAAAACCAGGUAGUUUUCUGUUCUUAGGAGUUAUGAAGGAAUGAACUAAAUAGGAAGGGAAUGUGGUUUACAGUGGUGCUUGCAUUAAGUAUCCAUCUGAUUGCUGCUGAGUUAUGCCCAGAAGGAAGAAAAACUUGUGCCCAAGGGAUGACAUGCUGUGAGCUUCCCAGUGGUGAACAUGGGUGCUGCCCCUAUGACAAUGCGACCUGUUGCCCAGACGGGGUGCACUGCUGCCCACAUGGGCAUAAUUGUUUGACUGGACGCUGUGGAGAUGGGCAUAGAAACGUAGAUACUGAACUUUCCAAACUCAUGGUGGAUUACCAAGAACCAUCUAAUGAACUGGACAUCAAAUCCCAGCAAACUCCAAAUGCUAGCUUGAUGGUUUCUGGUAUUGUUUGCCCUGAUGGACAACAAUGCGGGAAUGCAGAUACAUGUUGUGAGAUUUCUCCAAAUUUAUAUGGUUGUUGUCCAUUUCAUAAUGGAGUGUGCUGUCAGCAUAGCAGAACCUGCUGUCCCUCGCAAUAUAGUUGUCUCCCUGCAGGGUGGUGUGAGAAGGAAAUGCCAGACAACACUCAGGAACCAAUAAAACAAUUACCAGUCAACACAAUUUGCCCAGGAGGUCAUCAGAUUUGUCCUACUGGUCAAACGUGCUGCCCUCAUUAUGCAAGUUGGGGCUGCUGCCCAUUUCUUGCAGCCACUUGUUGUUCGGAUCAGUUACAUUGCUGUCCUCAUGAUUUCCGUUGUGAUGUCAGGGGAUAUUGCACAAAAGUCAGUGAUGAAAACUAAGUGAUCAAGUAUUUUCAAGAAGCUGUGAUAUGUAUCCUUGUGUGUUGCAUCUGUAUUAUUUCUUAAACUGUGUCUGUGUCGCAAGAUGCAGAAAUAUGGAAUUUCAGUAGUGUUCAUAAUUUUUUCGUGCAUUCCCUAAUUGUCAUGUCUGAAGACUGCAGCAUUAAAACUGAUUUGGGCAUGCAGAGGGGUAGUUAAGUCCAUCAUAAUUAUUGUGCCUUCAAUGAGACUGUAGUGUAUUGUGGUAUUUGAGAAAACACUUGGUUUAUAACUGGAAAGGAAUCAGAUAUUCAGUAUGUUAAAAUUUGAUACAGUGUUUAUUUUGAAAUAUGAAUGGUUCAGUCAUUGGUGUAAUACAAUCUGGAUUGUUGGGUUUUUGAGUUCCUGGAUUUGGUUUGAUUUAUUUUAAUUUCAACUUGCACAUUUUCCCGAGUCUUGACAUUAAUGUGCCUUAUAACUUUUAGUGUUAAUCUCAUUAUCUCCAGUUGACAUAACCUCAUCUCAGGUGCUUAUAUGCAUGUAGUUGUUCUAACCUAAGUUGUCCAGUGAUUGAGAUUAGAUAAUUCAUAUGGACCCAACAGUGUAGGUGACCCCUUCUCUACACCUGAAGAUGAGGAAAGACCCAGUUCUUGAAAUUUUAUGUGUUUUAUAACAUCAGAUGAUGGAUAAGGUCCAAAAACCCAACAAUUAAGAUAGUAUUUAUAUUUCUCCUAGUCAUGAGAAUUUGAUGUUUUAACCAUCAAUCAAUACAGGAGCAUUACCAUCCUAUCACGCAUUUCUAUCUGAUGGCCUUAAUGAUAAAGAUGAGCAAUACGAGAUCCUGUUUAAUUUCCUAAUUUGGUUUGUAAGAUUUCUCUUUCAACAUAAAAUGAGCAUUCUCAGUUUCAUAAUGAUCUUCAGUUGGAAUGUCCAUAAUACAAUGACUUUGUAUGAAACAUAUAAAAGCAAAAGUCUA